AUGUCGCAUCAGAACGAUCCUCAGACCAAUGAAAAUGAAAGCCAUCUAAUCGGGAACAUCCUUGCAGAGGAUAAUUCAGAUUCGGAUGGAGAGGGACAGAGAUCCAUCAUGAAAUCUGGAUAUGGUGUUGGAUUUGGCAUCGGAGCCUCUGGGCCUUUUGGGGGACCUUUCAGUAAUGUCCCGGAGAGAGUCGGAUCAGCGCCUGCUACUGAUAUUAGUGCGGUAAGGUAGAACUAACUUAAUGCUUUUUAGAAAUUCGGAGCCUUUGCUUAGGAUUCCCCUCAGAGCAAAAAAUUAUAAGGAUUUGGAAACCCCUUAGUAUCUUAAGGUUUUAACAAUAUAUAUUCCAACCAAGUGGGCGAGCCUUAUCCUUCUGAGCAAAUGCGUAGACCCUCUAAUAACGAUUUUUCCCUGAAUCCCUAACAAUAGUAAGACCUGUAACUAUAGCAAUAGUUCCUAUUAUAACAGCAGUUGCAAUAAAACUCGCAGAAUCAGCAAUAACAACACUCGCAGCAGCAAUAGCAAUAGUAGGAUCUUUUUCAAUAAAAUUAGUCUCUCAUUGGAAGCGGAAUAAGCAUAAAUGCUGGACUUGGAGUUGGAAAUCAAGUCGACCAAUAGUCCUUAUUCAUUUAGGAAUAGAUGAAUAAGGGAGGCAGCCAGUAGCAUCAGUAAUCGGAAAUUGAGAUAUUCUCGACAAAGGAGUACUUUGAUUAUUAUAACAGCAUCAAGCCUCACAAUCCCAGACUUCCCAAGCCAACUUAUCAACCACCUGUUGAUUUAGAUUCCUUUAAAAAGAUUAAAACCUAGAGUGACAUUAACAUCUUAGGUAACAUACAGAAGUUGGACGAGUUUGAAAGAAAAAUGGAAAACCUUACACUUGAUGAUCCUCAAAACAACCAGAAUCUUUCAUACGAGCAAUUCAAUCAGCAAGCCAAAAUGUAGCAAUAAAAAUAGGGAUCUAUGAAUUAAUUCCCCAACACUCAAUAGCAAUAGCAACAACAAUAAAUGAUGUAUCCCCCUCCAUAGAUGCAAAUGAAUCAGCCUAUUAAUUAGCAAGUUUUUAUGGGAGGGAAUCAGUUUUAAUAGUUCAUGCCACCAAUGCAGUAGAAUCCAAUGAUAUCAUCACCAAGUAACAUGAAUCAAAAUUUGAACAAUAGCGGAAGUAAUAGCAAUAACUUUAGAGGAAAUAACAAAAAGUAUAAGCAUAAGCAAGGAGGAGCUGGAGGACUUGGCGAAUCGUAAAGCCAUUCUCAUAUCUAACAACCUCCUUAAAUGCCUAAACUUAAUAAGUCAUCUUCACAUUAGCUGAAUUAACCAUACAAUUAUGGAGGCUCAGCAGGAUAAUUUGACAACAAACAGAUGUAAAAUCCUUAGUAAAUGAACAUGUAAGGUGGCAAUGAUAUUUAAAAGUUCCCUUACUCAACCUAAUCUUGGCCACAAUAGAAUCCCUAGGCUAUGUACCCAGGCUAACAAUGGCAGUAAAACUAAUAAUUCCCAGCUUAUAACAACAUGGGGAUGCCUAUAAAUCAAGGGUAAAUGCCAGGUAAUUUUAACAAUAUGGGUGGAUAUCAAAUGAUGCAACCUUAAAACUAGCCUUUCAAUCAAAUCAUGAUGCCUGGUUUCGGAAUGCCCCCUCAGUAGUAGUAGUUUGGCAUGCCCAACCAAUUCGGCAUGCCCCCAGUUAUGGGCUAUAAUCAGUAUCCGCAAAGCAUGUAUGGCUAGUAGCAGUAAUACGGCUACAAUUAAAAUCAGUAUUAGAACUACCCAAAGAAGCAAGGAAACUUUAACAACAACCAGAAAGGAGGUGGUGGUGGAGGAGGCCACAAUAAGGGUAAAGGUGGCUUCAAAGGCAGUAGUAACAGUCAGAAUAGUAACAAUAAUAAUAGCAACUAAAAUCAGGUUAACAUGGGCAAUCCUGAAAACCAAGAAUAAGCAACUUUACAGAUGUAGGUAGUCGAACUACCAAAGAGUGAGUUUUUGGAAGAGUUAAGACAUAAGAUUCAAAAUGGAAAGAAAAUUGAAAUCGCAGAGUUGAAAGACCAUAUUGUUGAGUGCGCUAUGGACUAAUACGGUUCAAGAUUCAUUCAGCAAAAAUAUGAUGUCACUACUCCCGAGGAAAAAGAACUUAUCUUUUCUGAAAUCUUGCCUGACUCUUACAACUUAAUGAAUGAUGUCUUUGGUAACUACGUAGUGCAAAAGCUCUUUGAAUACGGCACUGACUAGCACAGAUCAAUUCUCGCAGAGCAACUGCUUGGAAACGUUUUGAAGCUGACUAAAUCCAUGUAUGGGUGCAGAGUGGUGCAGAAAGCUCUUGAAGUGAUCUCCAUUGAGCAGCAGAAGUUGCUGGUUUCAGAGUUGAAGGACAACAUCAUUGACUGCAUUAACGACCAGAAUGGAAAUCAUGUAAUCUAGAAGUGCAUUGAAAAGAUGCCGUGCGACUAAAUUGAAUUCAUUAUCACCCCAGUUAUUGACUAGGCCUGUCAGUUGUGCGUUCAUACCUACGGCUGCAGAGUGAUUCAGAGAGUGCUUGAAAACAGCAACGAGCUGUACACAAGACCCAUCAUCGAUCAGAUUUUGGCCGAGAUUCACUCCCUCACCAUGGACUAGUUUGGUAACUACGUGAUUCAGCAUGUGCUCGAGCAUGGCAGAAGUUAAGAGGACAAAAACAGAAUAGUAAAGAGCAUCAAGGGAAAGGUCAUUGAGCUUAGCAAUCAUAAAUUCGCAAGCAAUGUUGUUGAGAAGUGUCUCUAGUAUGCAAGUGAGAAAGACAAAUUUGAGUUGAUUGAGGAGUUUUUAGAUUAGAAUUUCGAUGAGGACGUUGCGCUUAAUCAAAACGGAGUGCUCUAUCAGAUGAUGAAAGACAGAUAUGGAAACUAUGUUAUUUAGAAGUGCAUCGAAGUCAGCAAGGGCAAGCAAAGGGAAAUUCUGAUGAGAAGAAUAACUGCUUGCGCGAACGUCCUAAGAAAAUAGACUAACUACUCAAGACAUGUGUACAACUUCAUCGAAAAAAUGAGUUCAGGAGGUCCAGGGGUUGGUCCUUAACAGCCAAAUAAUAUGAUUCAACCUCAAUAGAUUGUAAAUAACUCUGUAGACAGUAGAAGUGCAAAUAAUAACAAUGGUGGUUACAUGUAGUAGAACGAGUACCUAAUCACCACCAUCAAUAGAAUGUACAAAGAUAAUAAAAGAGAAAAUAUUGAACAUGUUUAAAAAGUGUACCUUUUUGAGAGGUGUAAAUACAAAGAGACGACUAGAGGGAUUAGGCUGGGACAGGAAGGCUUGAGUAAGAUGAUAAAUUUUGUGAGUAAACUCACUCAAAUGCCACUUGGCUUCCCAGUACCUAAUCUCUGA